AUGAAUGGCUUUUCACCCCCUAGAAAUCCUUAUUCUCGGGAUUAUAAUGACGGCCCUUCUCCCCCGAGACGUGCCCAACCGCCUGGGCCGGGUGCACGAAUGAUGGUCGACGGCUACCGCAAGGAUGCGAACAAUAAUUUUGGCAGGGACGCCUUGCGAACCAAUCCGGCCCAAAGGGACCCUAAUCGACCACGAAGUUCUGCCUUAGUAGACCUCAACGACCCUAUCCAAGUCCACCUCCUCACCGAGACCGCCCUAUUCGACAGCCGCCAAUUCGUAAUCCUCUCGCAAGAAGAAGUCGACGAUUUGAAAAAACAAUGUCAGACCAUAACCCAACGUAUCGAGACGACCCGCGCGAAUCUCGCCGUCCAGAUCAAGUAUCGAGAUGCUGCCGCAAAUAUGGCGAAGCUCUUCUCACCUACCCGAUCGUCGCCUGGCAGACGGACCCCAUUCGGAAGCCAGGCUGGCAACCGCGAUAGCGCUGAGCAGGCAGAGUUAGAGCGUCAAGUCUCCGAGAGGAAAUGCGAGGAGCUGGCCUCGGAGCUUUGGGGUCUUGAAAAGCGGAUCAUGGAGCCGCAACGCCGCCUACUAGAACACACCGCUGCCAUAUUACAACUAACCCACAAGGGCUCGAGCAAGAAGCAACAACAGCCAAGUCUGCUCCCGAUAAAUGGCAUGCCAGGAAGUCCCGAAAGCCUUUAUACUUACUCUAAUGGACGGUCUAGCGUAGACCUGGAGUUUCAGAGGUCUAUGGAAAUUCCUCCAAAAUCUCCCAUCCGGGAACAGACAACCAAACUCCGUGGGGAGGCCGACCGGUUAAAGCAGGAGAACGACCAGCUACGGGCCCAAACAGAUGCCUAUAGUUUGGAGAUGGAUGCUCUACGGCAGGAGUCCUCCGACAACGAACGAGACAUUAUGGAUCUGGAGCAGAAACUGGAAUCCUUGAACUCAUCUCUCCGCGAUGUCAUCGUGAAGUUCAACCCCGCGAAGAAUUCCGACUUCCGCAUGCCUCCUUCGAGCAGAGACUCGCCGAGGGGUGCGCGACCAGCAGCCAUUAUCGGCGAUCAGCUCGACUACCUUGCCAGCACGAUAUCAGCUGUCAAGCAGGAGCAGGAGCAAGGACAUUCCCGCUCCCGCUCUGUCGACGAUGAGGCCUCCGCAGCAGUAGCCAUAGCUCAAGCUGAAGGCCGCUUAGAUGCCGUCAACAGGCAAAUCACCGACCUCCUCCUCAGCGUUAAUGCAAAACCACCACCGCCUCCUAACCCGGCGCAGCUUCAAGGGGGUGAUCUAGAAUUAGAUGACCGCAUUAGCUAUCUUCAGUACUCUCUCCGAGUUGUUGAGACGGAGUUGAUUCAGGCGGUGGAGGCUGCUGGUAAUUUGCAGCCAGUACCUUCAGGAGGCAAUUCUGAGCCCUUACUCAGGGAGCUUUGGGAUAUUAUCCAGGACGGAUUUUCGGAGCUCCGUCGUCAGCGGGAGGAUCGUAAGAAAGUACGCCAGGAGAAGGGUCUGGAUGAUGAUGAGGAUGAGAUGGCCAUCGACGAGUCGUUCGACGCCAAUGAGCCAUUCUCCGCCACUGGUCUAUCUAUCCGUAUCCGGUCUCUCUCCUCUCAGAUUUCCAAAUUGACCGAGCACAAGGUCGUGCUGAAGAGGCAGAUUAAGCAGCAACGCGAGCUCAACAACAAGUCGAGUGGCGAGAAGGAUAUCGAGCUGCAGAAUAGGGAUGAGGAGAUCGAGAGGAGAAUUCUGGAGGCUCGAAACAAGGAGGACGAGCUGCAGGCUAAGAUUGCCAUCAUUGCGGAUAAGGAUUCGGAGCUUCUCGACCUCGAUAAGAAGGUCUUCGAUCUGGAGUCCAAGAUUGCCGAUCUCGAUGCCGAACUGAAUGAAGCUCGUAGCUUAAGCGCCAACUCGGUAGCUAGCGCCGGGGAUGUCGAGGCCAAGGACCGUCGCAUUAAGGAGCUGGAGGCCGAGAUGGCCGAUAUGCAGCAGAUUCUCGAGAAAUCCCGAGCCGACGCCACCCAAACACAAGGAAUGCUCCUGUCAGCCCUCCGUGACCUCGACACGGCCAACCGCAACGCCGAGACGAUGGAGUCCGAGAACCUCAAGGCCGCCCGCGCCGAACUCGAGGAGAAGACCGCCAAGCUCGCCGCUCUCGACUCGAGCAGCAAGGACCUCGAAAGCCGCCUCAACAUGACGGAAGCAAGCCGCAGCGAGCUGCAGACGCGCAUGGACGAGAUCGACGGCAAGAUCGAGUCCCUCGAAGUCGAGCUCGCCGAGGCGACAGCCGCCCGAAAAGCAGCCGAGCUGUCGUCCGAGUUCAAGCAGAAGGAGCUCGAUGGCAAGCAACGCGAGAUCAAAGAAAAAGACGACGUCCUCGACAGCCUCAACAUGAUGGUCGUCGAGCUCAAGACGGAACUCACCAUCGCCCAGGCCGAGCUCGAGGGCGCCUACGGCUCCCGCGCCGAACGUGCCGCCGACGUCGCGGCCCUCAAGAGCAGCGACGAAGUCCGCCAGCUCAACGGGCAGAUCGACACGCUCAAGGGCGAACUCGAACAGACGCUCAAGCAGCUCGAGGACAUCACGCGCGAGACCAUCAACGCCGAGCGCGAGAAGCUCGAGAUCGAGGGCAAGCUGGACGAUGCCGUCGCAGCGAGGUCCUCUCUCGAGGCGGAGAUUCAGGACCUUCGCGAUAGGUUGGACGCGGAGAUUCUUGCGUCGCGCGAGAAGAUUAAUAAGCUUCAGGAGGAGCUCGAUGCGCAGAGGCUCAAGGUCGUGGGGACGGGUGAAGGGGGGUCGGUGAGGGCUGGGGCUGGGGCGUCGAUGUUAAGUGAGCAGUUUAGGGCGACGAUGAGGGAGGAGAGGAAGAAGUUCCAGGAAGACAUGAGGGAAGAGCAAGCUAGGCGGCGGAAGCUCGAGGAUGAGCUUGCGCGUUUACGCAAGACACUAGGGCCCGGCAAGAGCCCUCUUAGUCCGAAGCCCUCUUAG